CGUCAAUAACCCGUUGGCCACAGUCGCAAACACAGUCCUGGUAUCGACGUACCGUCGCUGCCUGCCGCCGCCGCCGCUGCAGCCGUCGCGCUACAUAUUGUUGUUGUUGUUGUUAUUAUUGUCAUUACCAUCGUCGUCGUUGUUAUUAUUGUCGUGGUCGCCGCCACCGACGCUGUUGUCAUUCGAGUGUCGUGCGUCUGAUUUUUCGUGUAAAAAGUUUAUUUUUUUCUCCUCCGACUAUCGAAGUGUUGUGCGUACUACAUCACCGGCCGCAUUCUACCCUCGCGCGACCGUUCAGUGGCCCGCGUCUUCGUGGAGUUCGCUUGUGUGUUCGUUUGUGUGCGUGUGUGUGUUUGUGUGUAUGUACAUGUGUUCACGUGCGUCCGCGAUCUAGUGCUCGUCAUUUCGUCCCCGGGGGACACUGGAAGAAUAUAACAACAAAAGUUCCCGUCCGGUUUCGAUUUGGUCCGCGAAAUAUUGAUUCACGUCAUAAUAAUAAUUAUAUUGCCUGUAAUAGAUAUACACAAAUUUCAGUACCCGCGCUAUAUCACAAUUUGAUUACCAAUAUAGCUGAAUAUUAUAACCAAAUUAAUUAAUAAUACCUACCACAGGUCAGAUAAAAAUAUAUCUUCGACGAGUGUGACCGCCGCCUGUACCGCCGCAAUAUACCUGCCUACGCAAAUCCAGGACGAUUAAAGUUCUCGAUAAAAUCUAUCGUCACGAUAAAUUUGUUCUACAUAGAUAUAUAUAGGUAGAGACGCGUAUAUUCUAUAGAGGGAGGCAUAAUAUUAUAAAAUUACAUUUGACCGAUCGUCGUGUAGUGUGCGUGGGCGUAGGUUCGCGUGUGUUGAUUGCAAACUUACCACGGUCGUGUGUUAAUCGUCCAGCCAUCGAAUAUGAGCAUCGCUGCUUUAUUACAAGCCGCCGAGUACCUGGAAAGGCGCGAAAGAGGUAAGUUUACCGCGUCGCCACCGUACCCCCCGCCACCGUUUGCCGACACCGCAGUCGCGACCGACGGACCCGUUGCCGCCACCGCCGCCGCCGUCACCGACCGCGUAAACACCGUCGUAUUUUUUGCAGAAGCGGAACACGGAUAUGCUUCGCCGAUGCCGAUCACGAUCGAUCUCAAAGGGUCUUCGAAGAGGCCAAAGACGAAGAAGUCGCAGGGAAGUCGAACAACUCAUAAUGAACUGGAGAAAAACAGGAGAGCUCAUCUCAGAAACUGUUUGGAAAAACUGAAAGAAAUGGUUCCGCUGGGUCACGAAUCGUCCCGGCACACAACUUUGGGCUUGCUGACUAAAGCCAAGCGGUUCAUAAAGAAUUUGGAAUCGCAGGAGAAAAAACACAUGAUGCACAAGGACACCCUGAGCCGAGAGCAUAGAUACCUGCGGCGGAGACUAGACCAGUUGACCACCACAUUAAAUGUGAACAAACGCCGAUCUGUGUCCGAAUCCAGUAGCUACACGACCGCAUCUGGUGCAUCGACAUCGUCGUCCGCAUGCAGCACGUCUUCGUCGCCAUCUAUAUCUGAAUCCGACGAAGUGGACGUGACCGGAUGGGUGAGCGACACGGGCAGCGUACAAUCUGGGUCCAGCGACAGCGGCGUUGCACUCUCUACUUGCCGCAUCACAUUAUCCGAAAUGGUCUUUUAGAC